GCGCGGAGCAGCAGCGCGUCCCCGGGAGGUGUCAAUGCAGCCAGCGGCUUCCAGGCUCACUCCGGCAGCGGCCGCCCUACAACCUCCAGCAGCCUCCGCGUGUUUGGAUGAAAUUUGGCGGAGACACACUUUUUAAUCCCGGACAUGUUUGACGGCACGUUGAGGGUCCCACCGCCGGCUUCAGCGCACAUUGGAGCCGAGACAACAACUUUGUCCAACUUUGGCUGCUAACUGAAGCUAAGUGAUGCUAACUGAAGCUAAGUAGUGCUAACUGAUGCUAAGCAAUGCUAACUGAAGCUAACUAAUGCUAACUGAUGCUAACCCCGCCAGCCGCACGUCCAAAGUGCCGUGAGAAAGUCGUCCUGACGCCGCCAACUGAAAGAAGCGCCGCUUUUGUCCGCCGGACUGCGGUGGAGCGCCGUUAAAAGUGGACUUUCAAAGAGGGAAAAGGCUGCUGGAAGUAGACUGAGCAGGUGCACCUUCCUCCCCGCGGCACCUGCUGCUCCUCGCUGCGAUAGCAUCGGAGAAGUCCAGACUUUACUUUUGCACCUUUUGCCCUCCAAGGGUCGUUUUUAACACUUUAGAGCAGACGGGGAGAGUUAGUAACUUUUUUCGGCUGCAGCUUUAUCCUCCCCCGGGCGAGCUGAUAGACUUCCAGCCCUUCUGGACGCUCCCCCACUCGCACAGGGACUUUGGCCAGGUAGGGACUCCCCUUUCAAAGGCGACUUUGGCCAGGUAGGGACUCCCCUUUCAAAGCAGACUUUGGCCAGGUAGGGACUCCCCUUUCAAAGCCGACUUUGGCCAGGUAGGGACUCCCCUUCCAAAGCCGACUUUGGCCAGGUAGGGACUCCCCUUUCAAAGCCGACUUUGGCCAGGUAGGGACUCCCCUUUCAAAGCCGACUUUGGCCAGGUAGGGACUCCCAUUUCAAAAGAGACUUAAGUCGGACAGGGACUCCCCUAUCAAAGCAGACUUAGGUCGGGCAACGACUCCCCUUUCAAAGCAGACUUAGGUCGGGCAAGGACUCCCCUUUCAAAGCCGACUUUGGCCAGGUAGGGACUCCCCUUUCAAAGCAGACUUGGGUCGGGCAGGGACUCCCCUUUCAAAGCAGACUUUGGCCAGGUAGGGACUCCCCUUUCAAAGCCGACUUUGGCCAGGUAGGGACUCCACUUUCAAAGCACACUUAGGUCGGGCAGGGACUACCCUUUCAAAGCAGACUUAGGUCGGGCAAGGACUCCCCUUUCAAAGCCGACUUUGGCCAGGUAGGGACUCCCCUUUCAAAGCCGACUUUGGCCAGGUAGGGACUCCCCUUUCAAAGCAGACUUUGGCCAGGUAGGGACUCCCCUUUCAAAGCAGACUUUGGCCAGGUAGGGACUCCCGUUUCAAAGCCGACUUUGGCCAGGUAGGGACUCCCGUUUCAAAGCCGACUUUGGCCAGGUAGGGACUCCCCUUUCAAAGCCGACUUUGGCCAGGUAGGGACUCCCCUUUAUAAGCCAACAUCUGAUACAACAACAUGCCUUUUCUAAAAGUCACUUUUUGGCUUUUGUGAUUGAACCCUAUGCUGUCAUUACGGCCACCGAGCAAUGGAUGUCUCGCAGGCCGCUUUCCCAAACGGUGAAGGGCGGCCGGGCGGGGAGCAUGCCUGGACGGAUUGUCACUCGGCGCCGCUGUGCCCUACUCGCUCCCUGUGGACGGCCGCCUACGACUACGAGGCCAGCGGCGAGGACGAGCUCAGUCUGCGCACCGGGGACGUGGUGGAGGUCCUGUCCAAGGACGCCGCCAUCUCCGGGGACGAGGGCUGGUGGACGGGGAAGAUCAACCACCGGGUCGGCAUCUUCCCCUCCAACUACGUCACAUUCCAGCCGGCCAUUUACCGCCUGCCCGUCGCCAGCGUGCGCGAGCGCAUCCCCAGCUCGCCCGUCCAGAUCCCCUUCAGCGAGCUGGUGCUGGAGGAGAUCAUCGGCGUCGGGGGCUUCGGCAAAGUCUACCGGGGCACAUGGAAGGAGCAGGAGGUGGCCGUGAAGGCGGCCCGGCAGGACCCGGACGAGGACAUCAUGGCCACGGCAGCCAGUGUCAAGCAGGAGGCCAAACUCUUCUCCAUGCUGCAGCACCCCAACAUCAUCAAGCUGGAGGGCGUGUGCUUGGAGGAGCCCAACCUGUGCCUGGUCAUGGAGUACGCCCGAGGGGGCACGCUGAACCGGGUGUUGACCGGCAGGCGGAUCCCCCCGCACAUCCUGGUCAACUGGGCCGUGCAGAUUGCCCGGGGGAUGCACUACCUGCACGAGGAGGCCGUGGUGCGCCUCAUCCACCGCGACCUCAAGUCCAGCAACAUUCUUUUACUUGAACACAUCGAGAACGACGACAUCGGCAGGAAGACCUUGAAGAUCACAGACUUCGGCCUGGCCAGGGAGUGGCACAAAACCACCAAAAUGUCGGCAGCUGGCACCUACUCCUGGAUGGCCCCCGAGGUCAUCAAGUCGUCGCUCUUCUCCAAAGGCAGUGAUGUGUGGGGCUAUGGAGUUCUGCUGUGGGAGCUGCUGACUGGAGAGGUGCCUUACCGAGGAAUAGACGGCCUGGCUGUGGCUUACGGCGUGGCAGUCAACAAGUUAACUCUACCCAUCCCCUCCACCUGCCCGCAACCCUUCGCUAAGCUCAUGGAAGAGUGCUGGGACCAGGACCCCCACGUGCGGCCCUCCUUCUCCUGCAUCCUGGAGCAGCUGUCGGCCAUCGAGGAGGCGGUGAUGGCCACCAUGCCGCAGGACUCCUUCCACAUCAUGCAGGACGACUGGCGCGUGGAGAUCCAGGAGAUGUUUGACGAGCUCAGGACCAAAGAGAAGGAGCUGCGUUCCAGGGAGGAGGAGCUGACCCGGGCCGCCCUGCAGCAGAAGUCCCAGGAGGAGGUGCUGAAGCGGCGCGAGCAGCAGUUAGCGGAGCGGGAGAUCAACGUGUUGGAGAGGGAGCUCAACAUCCUCAUCUUCCAGAUGAACAAGGACAAGCCCAACGUCAAGAAGAGGAAGGGCAAGUUCAAACGCUCCCGCCUCAAACUCAAAGACGGAAACCGCAUCAGCUUACCCUCAGACUUCCAGCACAAGAUCACAGUGCAGGCCUCGCCUUCCAUGGACAAGAGGCGGAGCCUUCACAGCACUAGCUCCUCCCCUCCCAGCAGUCCCACACUCAUUCCCCGUCUACGAGCUAUUCAGCUCACGCAAGACGAGAGCAAGCGCACGUGGGGCCGCAGCGCCCUCUUCAGGCCGGAGGAGUUUGAGGACGUGAGGAAAGGCAUCAAGAAGAAAGGGAGGACUUGGGGGCCCAGUUCUGUGCAGACCAAGGAGAGGCCGGCCGCCACUGAGAGAGUGCGUCCUCUCUCCGACGGCAGCAACCCCUGGUCCACCAGUCUGCUCAAGUCCCAAAAGUCUGUCCCUCUGGCCGCACUCUUCGCUGAACAAGCAGGGGGCGGCAAGGAAGAGGUCUUCCCUCAGGAAGGUCCUGACAAACCAAAGCAGCUGAAGUUCCCCAACCAGGUCUACAUCCACCUACCUCUGUGGCGGGACGAGCUGGCAGACGCCCCCACAUCUCCGGGCCAGACGGAGAGUUCUGACGAGCCCUACACCACCACCUCCACCUCCUCCGCCUCCACCACCCCGCAGCUCACCCCCACCAACAGCCUGAAGAGGGCGUCGGCGCGCCGCAAGACCGACUCGGUGUUGUACGUGUGCGGCUCGCUGCUGGCGUCCGUGGUGCUGGGCUGCGACGUCAGGGAGGCGCUGAAGAACGCCGAGGACGCUGAGCCGCCGCGGGAGGAGAAGGAGAAGAAGCGCAAGGAGGGAUUGUUUCAGCGCGCCACCAGGUUCCGACGCAGCACCUCCCCGCCCGGUGGUCGCCCUCGCAAGGAGGAGGCCUCCCCUAGCCCCGCCCCCAACCUCAAUCUGCUCUCCAUGUCGGCCAUCGUGGAGUGCCAGUCCACCAGGUGUCUCCUGCAGUCCCAGGCUGAGGCCUCGCAGUCCAAACCCCCCAAGAUGGAGCCCACGGCUUCUGGUCAUCCCGGCCAGCUCCCAAGCCCCGCCCCUGACGCCAACCAGGUGACCAACCACAACACAGGAACACGCCUGCGCAGGAAGAAAUACAGCAUCAACCACGACACUAACUCCGCCCCCAGCCUGCCUCCACCCAGCGUGCACAAGAAGGACUGCUGCAGCAGACCUGGCCAGCAGGUGUCCUUCAGGGCCAAGUCCCACACCUGGGCUCUGCUGCGAGGACACAAGAGUUACUCCCUGGGUCACUACUCCGGGGAGAAGGCGGCGCAGAACCUCAACGUGGUGUUGUCCUCCACCCAGGUGGGCGUGGCCUGCUCGCUGCUGGACAUGGACGCCGAGGGCCAGAAGCACGACUGCACCGUGCCACUGUGUCGCAUCCAGAGCUCACCUGGGCGGGCCUCCGUCUUUGAGCUGGAGAAGAACUUCCUCUCCUAGCCCACCAGGUGCACCACCCACCUGAGGAGGUUCUUCAAGGUGCACCACCCACCUGAGGAGGUUCUUCAAGGUGCACCGCCCACCUGAGGAGGUUCUUCAAGGUGCACCGCCCACCUGAGGAGGUUCUUUAAGGUGUACCGCCCACCUGAGGAGGUUCUUCAAGGUGCACCGCCCACCUGAGGAGGUUCUUUAAGGUGUACCGCCCACCUGAGGAGGUUCUUCAAGGUGCACCACCCACCUGAGGAGGUUCUUCACGGUGCACCACCCACCUGAGGAGGUUCUUCAAGGUGCACCACCCACCUGAGGAGGUUCUUCACGGUGCACCACCCACCUGAGGAGGUUCUUCAAGAUGCACCACCCACCUGAGGAGGUUCUUCAAGGUGCACCACCCACCUGAGGAGGUUCUUCAAGGUGCACCACCCACCUGAGGAGGUUCUUCAAGGUGCACCACCCACCUGAGGAGGUUCCACAAAGUCUUCCUUCUAGAACCUGAUGACGUAGCCUGCAUACAAAGUCUCAUGAGUGGUUCCUCAAGGUGCUCACUGAGGCCUCCUAGCGGUCUCCUGGUGUCAGUGCAGCAAAUGUGAAAAGUACUUUUUGUGUAUUUGAUAUUUUUCUAGAGAGAAUUGAAGACAUUCCACAGGAAGGUCCACACCUUGGAGAACACCAAGCAGACCUUUCUAAUGUGCUGUGAAUAUUUAGUCCUGUCAUGCUGCUCCCCCUCUUUCCUAGUGGAGAUGUGACACACCUGCAGCUUGAAGAAGGUUCUCCUAGUGGAGAUGUGACACACCUGCAGCUUG